AUGGCAGCUCUCCGCUCUACCUCGUCACGGCUGUUCGCCGCUGCCGCCUCGUCGCGGUCCGCUGUGCUCCCGUCCGUAUUCGUGCGAUCGAUGGCCUCAGUAGGUGGCGCCACCGUUGAGGCGAAUCCGAAAAGCAGCACAGACUCCCGCUUGAAGUCGUUCCAAAUCUACCGAUGGAACCCUGACACGCCGACCGAGAAGCCGAGGAUGCAGACGUACACGCUGGAUCUAAACAAGACGGGACCCAUGGUGCUCGAUGCCCUAGUCAGGAUCAAGAACGAGCUAGACCCCACGUUGACCUUCCGCAGAAGUUGCCGAGAAGGUAUCUGUGGUAGCUGUGCGAUGAACAUCAACGGGACGAAUACCUUGGCUUGCUUGUGCCGCAUUCCCACGGACACUAGCGCUGAGAUGAAGAUCUAUCCACUACCCCACACAUACGUAGUCAAGGACCUCGUCCCAGACUUGACGCAUUUCUACAAGCAGUACAAAUCGAUCAAGCCUUAUCUACAACGGGAUACUCCCGCCCCAGAUGGCAAGGAAUACCGACAGAGCAAAGCUGAGCGCCGAAAGUUAGACGGUCUAUACGAGUGCAUCCUGUGCGCGUGUUGCUCAACAUCGUGCCCCUCAUACUGGUGGAACUCUGAGGAGUACCUAGGACCCGCCAUCCUCUUACAGUCAUACCGCUGGCUAGCCGACUCUCGUGACGAACGCAAGGCAGAGCGCAAGGCAGCGCUCGACAACUCGAUGAGCCUAUACCGGUGCCACACUAUUCUCAACUGCACGCGAACCUGCCCCAAGGGCCUGAACCCGGGUCUAGCGAUCGCCGAGAUCAAGAAGGAGAUGAGCUUCUAA